AUGGUGAAGGCCUUCACAUACGAUCAGAACAAAUCCUUCAAGGAAGGGUGGGAUAAGGCUCUUCGGGGCGCGAGGGAUGCUCAGCAAGACCUGUCCGUGGAGGGACGGGAGGAAGUGGCAGCUAUGAAUGUGGCAAGGGGCUUGGCACCGACAAAUGAGCCAAUCCCAGUAAAUGACAGAGAUUUAGAUGAAAUUGUGAUGUCUUUCCUCUUCAGCUUCUUUCUUCUGUGCGUCCUUUUCAUCCUUAGGAUCCUAUACUCCUAG